GCCCGCGGCGGUGGCGGCGGCGGCGGCGGCGGCGAGAGCAGGCUCGGGGUCUCCUGCGGCCGGUGGAUCCUCCAACCCGCUCCCAUAAGGCUUUGGCUUUCCAACUUCAGCUACAGUGUUAGCUAAGUUUGGAAAGAAGACAAAAAGAAGACCCCGUGACAGCUUUGCUGUUGUUGUUUGCCUUAGUUGUCCUUUGGGGUCUUUCGGCAUAAGGCUGUUGUGCUUAUACUGGUGCUAUCUUCGGUUCCUCUCACUCCUGUGAACAAGCUCCCGGGCAAGAGCAGCUAAAGCUACCAGCAUCAGAACAAACAAGGGGAGAACGCCUGGUGUCAUGACCAAGGCAAGAGAUCAAACCCAUCAGGAAGGAUGCUGUGGAUCCUUAGCAAACUACCUGACCUCAGCAAAAUUCCUCCUCUACCUUGGCCACUCUCUCUCCACUUGGGGGGAUCGGAUGUGGCACUUUGCAGUGUCUGUGUUUCUGGUGGAACUCUAUGGAAACAGCCUUCUCUUGACAGCUGUCUAUGGACUGGUGGUGGCAGGCUCUGUUCUGGUCCUGGGAGCCAUCAUUGGUGACUGGGUGGAUAAGAAUGCCAGACUUAAAGUGGCCCAGACGUCACUGGUGGUUCAGAAUGUGUCCGUCAUCCUCUGCGGAAUCAUCCUGAUGAUGGUUUUCCUACACAAGAAUGAGCUCCUGACCAUGUACCAUGGAUGGGUCCUUACUGUCUGCUACAUCCUGAUCAUCACUAUUGCAAACAUUGCAAAUUUGGCCAGUACUGCCACUGCGAUCACAAUCCAAAGGGACUGGAUUGUUGUUGUGGCAGGAGAAAACAGGAGCAGAUUAGCAGACAUGAAUGCUACCAUUAGAAGGAUUGACCAGCUAACCAACAUCCUGGCCCCCAUGGCUGUCGGCCAGAUUAUGACAUUUGGUUCUCCAGUCAUUGGCUGUGGUUUUAUUUCCGGUUGGAAUUUGGUGUCCAUGUGUGUGGAGUACUUCUUGCUCUGGAAGGUUUACCAGAAGACCCCUGCUCUGGCUGUAAAAGCUGCUCUCAAGGUAGAGGAGUCAGAACUGAAGCAGCUGACCUCACCUAAAGAUACUGAGCCAAAACCUUUGGAGGGAACUCAUCUAAUGGGUGAGAAAGACUCCAACAUCCGUGAACUUGAAUGUGAACAAGAGCCCACCUGUGCCUCCCAGAUGGCAGAGCCCUUCCGCACUUUCCGAGAUGGAUGGGUCUCCUACUAUAACCAGCCAGUGUUUCUGGCUGGCAUGGGCCUGGCUUUCCUCUAUAUGACAGUCCUGGGCUUUGACUGUAUCACUACAGGGUACGCCUACACUCAGGGGCUGAGUGGAUCCAUCCUUAGUAUUUUGAUGGGAGCAUCAGCAAUAACUGGAAUAAUGGGAACUGUGGCCUUCACCUGGCUACGUCGAAAAUGUGGCCUUGUUCGGACUGGUCUAUUCUCAGGACUAGCCCAGCUUUCCUGUUUAAUCUUGUGUGUGAUCUCCGUAUUCAUGCCUGGAAGCCCCUUGGACCUGUCUGUUUCUCCAUUUGAAGAUAUCCGUUCUAGGUUUGUGAAUGUGGAGCCAGUGUCCCCAACUACCAAAAUACCUGAGACCGUCUUUACAACAGAAAUGCAUAUGUCCAACAUGUCUAAUGUCCAUGAGAUGAGUACUAAACCCAUCCCCAUAGUCUCUGUCAGCCUGCUGUUUGCAGGAGUCAUUGCUGCUAGAAUCGGUCUUUGGUCCUUUGAUUUGACGGUGACACAGUUGCUGCAAGAAAAUGUAAUUGAAUCUGAAAGAGGCAUUAUCAAUGGUGUGCAGAACUCCAUGAACUACCUUCUUGACCUUCUGCAUUUCAUCAUGGUCAUCUUGGCCCCAAAUCCUGAAGCUUUUGGCUUGCUGGUAUUGAUUUCAGUCUCCUUUGUGGCAAUGGGACAUCUUAUGUAUUUCCGAUUUGCCCAGAAGACUCUGGGCAACCAGAUUUUUGUUUGUGGUCCUGAUGAAAAAGAAGUUACAGAUGAAAAUCAACCGAAUACAUCUGUUGUAUAAAAAUAGUUUAGCUGUGGCCCCUGUUACUAGAUUGUGGAGAGCAUGUGUGCUUAUUUUGUACUGCAGAAUCCCAAUAAAUGCCUGCAUUUCUCUCUGGUUUUACCACAUCUGUGCCUUAAGGGCUAGGAGCACUAACUAACCAUCGCCAGCAAAGAUGGUUAUUUCUCCUUACAUGUAAACAUUGGAAAAUAGGAAGAGGGAGAGGCAGUCAGCGUGUGUAUAGGAAGGGUUUAAUGGUAAAAUGAACUUCCCUUACUCUUAUGAGUAUAUUAAAUUUUAAAGAGUGGUUGUCAGGUGAGUAAAAUUAUUCCUUAGCAGAUAUUUAUUAUCUACUGGAAUGAUAAAUCAAUUCACCCUAAAACUCACUCUUGUAAAACUCUGCUCCACUUCCUUUUUUUAAGAUCAGUGAUAUUUUUCUCAGUUACAUUACAGAAACAAGUUUUUCCUCCAUGUAUGAAGGUUAUAGUUAGAUAAUGAAUGUUAUCCUUAUUAAUCCCAUUGAACUUAAGGAAUUUAUUGUAUGUGGAGGAUGAAAUGUGUAACUAGACUUGUCCAAAAGGUUCAUGGAAUAACUUUUGCAUUUUGACCAUCAGAAAGGGCAAAAUAUUACAGUAAUGUGUGUAUGGUGGCUCUUCAUAAAAUGACUCUCAAAAUCUGCAGAAAGAAGAAAAGUUGUAGGUUUCUAGUGUGGUACAGAAGGACUUAAAGCUUGUUAUUAGUGUGAUUGUAGAAACUGGAAGCUAAGGGUGAGGACCUCAUGUAACCAGAGUCACUGUCAUCAGCCAUCACUAACUAUUUUGGUAAAUGAGAGAACUGACCUGGCACCUUACAAGCAGAAAAGCGGCCCACACUAAGAAAGGACUGCAAAUCAGUGAGUCUGUAUAGAACAUUUUACCUUCACUGACUUGGGCCGAUGUGUUUGUCAUCUCUGUGUUUUUCUAGAGCAAGAAUAGUCACAAAAGUUCCCCUUUCAAUAUCCCUGAGAAGAAUAAAGAAAAAACUGUUUGUAAAUAUUUUUUUAAAACUGUUCUGCAAGUCUUUUUGUAACAUGCAGUACCAACAUGGGACAUUGCCUUAACUUUUGAUGCACUUUCAUGGAGACUGACUGCCAUGCAUUGCUGUGAGCACUUUCUUUGUCGUUCAGUUUAAUCUUUUCCUUCACCUUUAUUACAGUAUGACAUAAUGAUCUACUAUGUUGUCAAAGCUUCAUAAAAUAUUUCUAUAUAAAAUGUUUGUAGAAUCUUCAUUUGCCUUUACUGAGUUGUGUUCUCCCAAUUAUUGUUACUUAUUUCAAAAUUAGCAUAUAAAAAGUGUUUGAUAUCAUCAUCGCCCUUUG